GAAUAAAUAUAGGGUUUGGGUUUUCAUUCAUUUCAUUCCCUCAUUCUUCACUCUCACACCUUCUUCACUUCUCUCCCAGAUCCUUCUUCUCCACCGAUUCAACCAGCCAUGGCGAAAGGUCCUGGUCUCUACACUGACAUCGGCAAGAAAGCCAGAGAUCUGUUGUACAAGGAUUAUCACAGUGACAAGAAGUUCACCAUCAGCACUUACUCACCUACUGGAGUUGCUAUAACAUCCUCAGGAACCAAGAAAGGUGAACUGUUUUUGGGUGAUGUUAAUACCCAGCUGAAGAACAAAAACAUCACUACUGAUAUCAAAGUUGACACAAGUUCUAACCUUUUCACAACUAUCACUGUCAACGAACCUGCUCCAGGUGUGAAGGCUAUUUUAAGCUUCAAAGUUCCCGAGCAAACAUCUGGAAAGGUGGAACUUCAAUACUUGCACGAAUAUGCUGGAAUAAGCAGCAGUGUUGGGUUGAAAGCAAACCCAAUUGUCAACUUUUCUAGUGUUAUUGGAACUAAUGCUCUUUCUGUUGGUGCUGAUCUUUCUUUUGAUACCAAACUUGGUGAGCUUACCAAAUCUAAUGCUGCUGUGAACUUUGUCAAAGAUGACUUGAUUGGGUCAUUGACUCUAAAUGAAAAAGGUGACUUGCUGUCUGCUUCAUACUAUCAUGCUCUUAACCCGCUGUCCAACACUGCUGUUGGUGUUGACAUCAGUCACAGAUUCUCAACUAAAGAGAACACCUUCACUCUCGGCACCCAACAUGCAUUGGAUCCAUUGACCACAGUGAAGGGUCGCGUCACCAACUCAGGCAAGGCAAGUGCACUUAUUCAGCAUGAAUGGCGUCCCAAAUCACUCAUCACCAUCUCUAGUGAGGUAGACACCAAGGCUAUUGAAAAGAGUGCCAAGAUCGGAUUGAGCUUGGCUCUCAAACCUUGAUUUAGUUUUGAUCCUUCCUGGCAAGAAACUGAGGUGUAGGCUUUAGGAAGCAUAGUUUGUCGGAUUGAUGUUAGUUCUCUUCUUGGGUAAGAAGUGUUCAAGGUGUUUUCUUUGCAGUUGAGCAAUUCAACCUUGAGAAAAUAAAUAGGUUUUUUAUGAACCAAAUGUUACUCUUAAAUGCCCAAAGGCAAAACAUGCCUCGUUUAUUGAAUUGUGAAUUGGUACUCUUUGAGUUUUGACAGCAAAAGUUUUAAAUUUUCUGGUA